AUGGAACGUCUCGUAAAGAAGAGAAAGGUCAUACGAGCUCAAAUUACUCGACUCAUCAACGACUACGAGAAUCGGCCACAGCCACUCGAUGAAAAUGAAGCGGCUAUCCUGCACGCCAGACUUGCCAGUUGGAAUAACGAAGUGAACUCGGUUAACGACGAAAUAGAGCCCCUGGUGACAGAUGAAGACGCGGAGAACGAGUUCCAACAGACCUGCGAAUAUAAAGACCGCAUCGUAGCCUGCCUCGCUCGCCUGCAGCGGCAAAUGACUGUUACGAGUCGCCCAACGAACGCCGAACCAGCGGGAAAUGGCAGCGCUUCACAGACAACGUCGGAGCUUAGGACAAGGGUGAAGCUCCCGAAAUUUGAGCUUGUGAAGUUCAGCGGGCGGCGCUCAGACUGGCAGCCGUUUUGGGAAGUGUUUGAACAGGUGGUUGACAAGAACGAAGAACUGUCACUACUUGACAAAUUCCACUACCUGAGGUCGUCAGUCACCGGCGAUGCUGCUGCUGCUCUUGCGGGGAUACCACCUACGUCUCGAUGCUAUCGCGACGCCGUAGAGCUUCUGAAAGGUCGUUUCGGGAACAACGAGCUCCUGAUGCAAGAGCACAUGAGGAGCCUGCUAGACAUCAAACCGGUGCGCUCUUCGGAUGACGUACGAAGCCUUCGCCGCCUCUACGACACUCUGGCCGCACACAUAUGCGGACUUGAGUCGCUGGGAAGGAAACUCCACACCUACGGUGCAAUGCUGCUACCUGUGGUUCAGAGGGCCAUUCCUCGGGACAUUCUUCUCGACUUUGGAAGGAAGUGCGCCACGGACGCCAACUCUACCUUCGACGAUCAGCGGAGUUCGUCCACCGAGGGACCGGAGCCAACAACACCGGAGGGAGACAGAGCAACGGUUCAGUGUAGCGGAAAGUCGUCAAAUGCUCGCGUGCGAGUUAUGUUUGAUGGGGGUAGCCAGCGCUCCUAUAUCACCUCACUUACCGCACAGAAGCUUGGAUGUGAGCUGGUGGGACAAGAGAAACUGAGUGUUGGCUUCUUUGGAGGACACCAAGAAGAACGGCCAUUUCGAAGAGUAAAGGUGUUCCUGGAAGCGAAAAGGGGUGAGAAGCGGGAACUUGAAGUGCUUGAGACGGAUGUGAUAUGCGACCAAACGAUUCCCGAACCACCAAAACAAACAUGGGAGAAAUUGGAAGCUUUGGGAUACGCAUGUGCUGAUUUCAGCAACGGCGACGGUCCGAAAGACAUUGGCUUGCUGAUUGGAGCCGAUUACCUAUGGGAGCUGACCACUGGCCGAACGGUCAAAUUAGGGAAACGGCUCAGAGCAGUGGAAACGGCAGCGGGAUGGACGGUGCAGGGUCCCGUUGAGGGAAGCAAUAACGACAGUCACUGCACCCAAACCGUGACGCUCCGCACUUCGGUUAUCGAGGGGACAGGCGACAUGCUCAGCAAGUUUUGGACGCUAGAGUCGAUUGGCGUUCUUGAAGGGAAGGAAACAAGAAGUCCUACGCUGGAUUUCUUUGAAGGCACGGUCGCCACGGUCGACGGACGCUACGAAGUCUCGCUGCCCUGGAAAAAUGAAAUAGCUCUCGGGGACAACAGGGCAGUCGCCAUGAAAAGACUUAAUCAGCUGACUAACCGUCUCAAGAAGUCCCCUGACUUGCUCGAGGAAUAUGACCAAGCAAUUAGGCGGUACCAUGCGAUGGAUAUGGCGGAACGGGUUGCAAGCGAUGCUAACGACAACCACGUCCUCUAUUACAUGCCGCACCAGGCCGUCGUUCGAGAAUCCAGAAAACUCCGGGUUGUAUUCGACGCUUCGUCAAGCAUAAAGAAUUCGAAGAGUCUCAACGAAAACCUCGAGACUGGACCAAAUAUGACGGCAGAUCUCGUCGGCCUGUUGCUAAACUUCCGGAGCUAUCGUGUCGCCCUGGUCGCAGACAUUGAGCAGGCCUUCCUACAAAUCGGAGUAAGACCAGAAGAUAGGGACGCUUUGAGAUUCAUGUGGUACCGAGAUACCCCUCGGCCUGGAGAAACGUUGCCUGUCAUUGACACAUGGCGCAUGAAGCGCGUCCCAUUUGGAACCACGGCCAGUCCGUUCUUACUUUCGGCUACGCUGCAACAUCAUUUAAAGGCAUGCGAAGUUCAGUUCCCGUCAACCGCAGGUCGUCUGAAGCGAAGCCUCUAUGUGGAUGAUCUUUUGACUGGAGCAAACAGCGAAAAAGAGGCUCUGAGGUUGUACACGGAGGCCAACGCUAUAUUCAGCGCCGCCUCAAUGAAACUCCACAAGUGGUCUUCCAACAGCGAGCGCCUACGGCGGCGGUUUGAGGGAGAUGGUGUUGCACCCAAACAUCUGGGAUUCUUACCCGGCGUGCUGAAAGUUUUGGGCCUGGCCUGGGAUCCCAUAACAGAUGAGCUGACUUUCGUCCCUUGUGUUAGCGACAAUGCCUCAGAAAGGGCCACCAAGCGCUCCAUGCUCCAAACAACAGCUAGGAUCUACGACCCGCUGGGAUGGUUGUCUCCCUUUCUCGUGCGAGCUAAGAUCUUGUUCCAGGAGCUAUGGCUGAGAAAUAUUGAGUGGGACGACAUCCUGCCGGAAGACAUCGAAGGGGAGUGGAGCGCAUGGAGAGACGAGCUGCAGCACAUUCCUGACAUACACGUACCACGUCAUUACGGAGCAAACGUAAGCGGCCAGCAGAUGACAUGUUUGCACAUAUUUGCCGACGCCAGCCCAGUAGCCUACGGCGCAGUGGCCUACCUGGUUAUCGAGACAAGCGAGGGAGUCACCUCAACAAUUGUUAUGAGCAAGUCAAGAGUUGCACCUCUCAAGAAAUUGACCCUCGCAAGACUGGAGCUCAUGGCAUGCCUACUUGCAUCUCGAUUAUGUCAGUACUUGUUGACGACGCUUGAAGAACGUCCUGAGCGAGUUGUUUUGUGGACAGACUCGGCAAUCGCUCUCUGUUGGAUACGUGGGAACGGUCAUAAAUGGCAGGAGUUUGUGCGCAACCGCGUCCUCGAAAUUCAAGCCAGCACCAGUGACUACACCUGGAGAGACUGUCCUGGCAAGGAAAACCCGGCGGAUCUCCUUACUCGCGGCCUGCCUGCCUCUCGUUUGGCAACGUGUGAGCUGUGGUGGACAGGACCGUUAUGGGUGCUUUCGCCGGAAAGUGAGUGGCCUCAAGGUUUUCCGGAGACCACGUUUACCAACACCGAAUUAGAACAGAAGAUGGAGACUAAGGUGUUACCGGCAACAGUAUCUUCAACUCCUCCCAAUGAUCUUGUGGACGUCAAGCGAUUCAGCUCUUUCACCAGGCUGAUCCGUGUCACUGCUUGGGUGCUGCGCUUUGUUGCAAUGAACGCUGAGUAUGUGCACCAGAUACCCUGA